AGGACUCUGCUAACUACAUAGAUAGAACAUCAUCACAAAGUAUUUUACCAUUGCAUUGCCUUUUGUUCUUGUUCAAUCUCUUCUUGUUCAUGUUUGUCUCAAAACAGAUGAACAAAGAACCCAAGUGCAAGCCUUCUUCUGUUAUCACCACCUCUUUGAAGAUGUGGUACAAACUCUCAAAGCUUGUCAUAUUCUUCUUUGUUUUCACCACACCCUCUGCAGCCUCUUCUAGAUUCAACUACAAAACCGCUUACACUGAUCAUUGUGCUUCAUUUGUUCCCGAGUCUGACUCGAAGGUUUACGUGCUAGGACCGCCCCAUCAAUACCGCCAUACAGGUUACUACACUGGUGGUGGUAGUGGUGGCAUUCUCAGUCCAAACUCAUCAUACCAGGGCCAAAAGUCAAUUGACUUCUACAUCAGAAGAAUUAUAGAAACUAAAGUGCAGGGCUUAUUCAAGCUUCAAGGAAGCAUACUAUUUCCAAGAGGCAGCACAUAUCACUUUGUGGGAAAUUCCACAAGCAACAAGUAUAGAUCAGCUUCUCAUCGACGGAGUUCAAUAGCUUUUGGACUAUAUGGGUUCUGGUCACAAUCUUCUGGGAAGCUUUGUAUGGUUGGAUCAACUUAUGGUUAUUUGCGUAAUGUUCAUUCUGUUCUUAAGCUCUAUAAUUUCAUGAAUUCCACUAGUAUUACAAGUAUGAUCAGUGGAACCUUAGAGAGCUUGAUGAGGUCUGAGAAUGAUCCAAAUGAUUUUGAGCCAAUCUCUAUUUUGAUUUUUCCUGGUAUGAACUACCAGUACACUCUGGUUUCAAAUAAAUCUGAAAACAGGAGUUCUUCUGGUGGAAGUGAUGACUCCAAUCCCACCAGUUCUUUGAAAAUGGAGAGGUUUUGUUCAGUACUCUCAAGCGAAGUACUAAAUCAUGAAUUUGAUCUCAAAUAUUCAAGCGGUUGCGCUUCUGCUAAGAACUGCACUCCACUUGCUGUGUCUGAUUUGCCUCGCAUUAUGUCGUUGAAGGCUAUUGAGUGUUUGGAGGAUAAAAGAAGCUUGAGAGUUCUGGUGGAAUUUGCAGAGAGUAACAGCCUCUGGUAUCGAAGGCCUUUCAAUCCCAAUAAAACGUUGGUUGGGGAAGGCUCGUGGAAUACUGAGAAAAACCAACUAUCUGUUGUUGCUUGUCAGUUCUUGGAUGCAGCAGGUUCUUGGAAUAAUGUUCGUGUGGGAAAUUGUUCAACAAGAUUGAGCUUGAAAAUUCCUGCAAUAUGGACAAUCGGAAACACUAGUGGCAUUGUGGGGCAUAUUUGGAGCAACAAAACUGCGACAGAGUCAGGUUACCUUGAACAGAUUACAUUUGAAAGUCCUCAAGAUGACAUUGGAAGGGUUCUGAUUCCAGGCUUGAAAUACAAGUAUACGAAAAUGGACAAAGUAACCAAGUUGUGCCCGAGAAAGAAGGCUGCUCAUGACAAGACCAAUGUAUACCCGAAUCCCUUCUCUUAUGAAAUGCGAUUCGAUGUGUCAGCUAAAAAUUCGAAAGGAGAACUUGCAUGGGGCAGUUCUGUCCCACUCUCUGUUGGCAAUCAGUUUUACCGGUCGUAUUGGUAUUCAACUGCAGGCACCGAUGAGUACUCUGUAGGUUUUGCUCCUGUGCGCUCUCCUGUGAGUGUGAGCUACAGCAACAACCAGAGUAACCCCUACAAUAUUAGCUACACAAUAAGAAUCACAACGCUAUCUUAUGCAAAGUUGGGGAAUGUAUCAAUUUAUAAUAAUACGCAGAUUUUUGCAGAAGGGAUCUAUGAUGAAACAGAAGGAAGCCUGUGCAUGGUUGGCUGCAGAAAUCUGGGCUCGAAGAAUCAACAGCCAACAAAUGAUUCAGUAGAUUGUGAUAUUGUUGUCAAUUUUCAAUUCCCUCCAACAAAUCCAAGCAAGAAAUGGAGUUUGAUCAAGGGAAGCAUCAAAAGCACACGAAAAAAGUCCGAUCCUCUUCAUUUUGAAAGUUGGGAUUUGUCUUCAGCUUCCAGUUACCUGGUUGAAGAAAGGCGGUCCAUUUGGAGGAUGGAUGUGGAGAUCAUCUUGGUUCUUGUAUCCACCACACUUUCAUGUGUUUUUGUGGCGCUACAACUCUUCCAUGUGAAAAAGUACCCUGAUGUUCUUCCCUCCAUUUCCAUUUUUAUGCUACUAAUUCUUACUCUGGGCUACAUGACACCUCUUAUGCUAAACUUUGAGGCCAUGUUCGCGAAUAGCACCAACCGCCGAAGUGUGUUCCUUGGAAGUGGUGGAUGGCUUGAAGUUAAUGAGGUGAUUGUAAGAGUAAUAACAAUGGUAGCUUUCUUGCUGCAAAUCCGUCUUCUGCAGCUAACAUGGUCAGCAAGAUCAGCAACUGGAACCCAAAAGGAGCUCUGGAUCAUGGAGAGGAAGACUCUCUUUGUGGUUUUACUAAUAUAUGUUGCUGGGGCUUUGGCUGCUUUGCUUCUGCAUACACUGAACUGGAGGAAGAGCCUUAAUGAUGGUUCCAUAACUGCCUAUCCAGGGGCAGGCCAUCAGCAGCAUUCACAUUUGGGCACUGCCGUGAAAUCUUUUGCUGGUUUGGUCUUGGACGGUUUUUUGUUGCCUCAAAUUCUGCUCAACAUGUUCUGCAAAUCAAGGGAAAAGGCUCUUUCUGUUUCAUUUUACAUCGGAACAACUUUUGUUCGAGCAUUGCCACAUGCGUAUGAUCUCUACAGGGCUCAUAACUCUGCUCACCAUCCGCUAGAUGAGUCAUAUCUUUAUGCAAGUCCUGUGGCAGACUUCUACUCUACUGCUUGGGAUGUCAUUAUUCCUCUUGGAGGUUUACUGUUUGCUGGCAUUAUUUACUUGCAGCAGAGGUUUGGGGGUCUUUGCAUUCUUCCCCAAAAGUUGAGACAGUUGGGUGCAUAUGAGAAGGUCCCUACUGUUACUGAAGGGUAAUUUCCAAAGUGAUGCAUUCAUUAUCAAGUGGAGGUUCUUUUACAGAGAACUGGAAACUUCAACUAUCUGCUGCAAUCUUCUUUCUUUUGUAUUUUGAGUAUGCAUGAUUUAGGUUUUUUUCCCCCCUGUUUUUGAUAUGUUGAACAUUUAAGCUUGUAAUGUGUGCACUUCCAUUUUUCUUUUCUGUAAGAACAUCGUUGUUGAUAGAAGUUCGAAGAAAUCAUGAUAACAA